GACGAUUCGUUCAAAACCACCGGAAAAAAGAGAACACACACACACACAAAAAACACAAACAAAACCGAGUCUUCUUUGUUUUCGCAUUGCGUAGCAGAACUUCAGGCCUGGGGGAUCCAGGCCCGAUUCGAGGGAUUUAGACCAUAGCAUCUAUAACUAUUGUUUUACGCGUGAUACGAUUCUUUGGUGGUAACCAAAUCGAUCAACCAAAACGUUUCUGCAAGCCACGGUUGGGCGGUGGGAAUGGUGCAAGUUCCAAAAUGAGUCUGUUUUGGAAAAGGAUGCAAUUUGUGUUUCUAAACGAUCCGUCUCACGUGUUCAAUGAGCCGCGUGCCCUCAGAGAUUCUGGUGCUAUUUUCCAGGCUGAGAUUGAUAGCACUCCGCCAGGUUUACUUUCCAGCCAGGCUGCGGCUCAAAGAGCGUGACUCCAAAAACCAUCCACAGCAGGGGGCACCGGCGCCCUCGGUUCACCGCGAAAUCCACCGGCACGGCUUUUUCGCUGAAAACAAAUCCGAGAAGAUUCCGAUUGGAACCGGCAAAUCGAAUAUAGAUGGAAUGUGACCAGGUGUUCGUUUUUUUGGGUUGCAUUUUGAUACGUCGUGAUACUCGGUCUUUGGCCUUGCAAACAUGGUUUUCGGACGUCUCUUUACAUCAUGGGCUAGCACAGGAGCCCAGCUUCCAAGAGGUUUCGCUGAAGAAGGUGCAAACUGCAUUACAGCUUCUCCGGGCUGAGCCAGAACCCAGCGAGGGGUGCUCCUCCGCUGGUCCUGGAGAGAACCUCUGGACGGCCGCCAGCGACGGCGAUCAAGCGCGGGUGGAGGCGCUCAUGGCGCUGGAGGGCUUCCAGCCUAGCUCGCAGGAUGAGAACGGCUACACGCCUGUCAUGGCAGCCGCCUCCUGGGGCCAUGCUGAGCUCCUGUCGCUGCUUCUGUCACGGGAGCCUCACAGUGCCAACGUCGCUGACACCGAUGGCGAUGCUCCAUUGCACCAUGUGGCGCAAGCCUGUGAACUGGAGGCUGACCAGCUCCGGCCGGUGCUCCGGCUCUUGUUGGAGGCCAAGGCGGACGUCAACGCCAGGAAUGCAGAGGGAAAGAGCUGCUUGGACUGUUGUGCCAUGGGCGCCAUGGUUGAGGGCGAGGAGGAACAAGAGCCUCAGAUCAAUUUGGCCUUCCUGAAGGUGAUGGAGGAGUUUGGCUUCAAAGUCUGAGUGCUGGAUGAACGACCAGGGACCAAAGUCUUCCCGUUCGAAGGGACCAGCUCUCAGCAAGACAUGCUGGGGCUACCAUCGCCAAGCCACGUGAACGAUGUCACCCACGAAGCGGCCAAUUGACGAAGCAAAC